AUGGCCGACUCAACGGGAUCAAGGAACAGUUUACCACCUCCACCUCCACCACCUCCCCCUCCCCCAGAGAACCCUUGCUCAAAAAUAUCCCCCACAGUCCUAAAGAUGCGAAGCACAUCUCCCAGCCACUUCUUUCAGCCCCAAGUCCGCCGAUCUCAAAACCAAGGGCCUGCUCCAACAGGCCCAUACUUCUUCUACGGCUCACUCCAAGACCAAAACCUACUCAUAGAGCUGUUAGACCUAAGCCACGCCCCCCACCUACGACCCGCAUACAUCGAGGGCUACAAGUGUAAGCUUUGGGGACACUACCCAGCCUUGCUCUCUGGUGAUCCCGUGGAUACUGUCACGGGGGCAGUGUACGAGGUCCUUACAUUUGAUGACGCGGAGAAACUAGCGGCUUACGAGGGGCCUAGCUAUACGACUGUUGCUUGCUCAAUCCGGUAUGCGGAUGGCGAAUCUCCAACACAGGCAGAGGGGUAUGCGUUUCUCUUUGUGGGGAAUACGCGUGAUUUAAGUGAGGGGUCUUUUGAUUUCAAGCUUUGGUUAGAGAGGAGGGCAUUGGGAAGGAAGAGCUGA